UAUGGGACGGAGACGGUCUCUUAAGCGUUGACUCCGCCAGGCCGCACAAAGCACUAGAGUGCCGAUUAAAUUUGCAUUUGAUUAAUCACCAAAACAACAUUUGUAAAAGUUUGGUUUUUUUCUCUCCCGCUCGGAGCGUGGCCCAAUAAAGCCGAUGCGUACGCCUUAACUUCACCGUGUGCCCGAACAAAACCGGAGAUGCCGAACUUCUGCGCCGCCCUGCACUGCUCGAGAAUGAGCUCGCACUCCGUGCUUGCGUUUUUCAGGUUUCCGCGGGAUCCCGAGAGAUGUAAAAAGUGGGUGGAAAACUGUUGCCGUUCUGAUUUGAGAGACAAAACCCCAGAACAUCUGAAUAAGUACCACAGGCUGUGUGCACGGCACUUUGAACCAGAUCUAAUUUUAAAAACAAGCCCCUUCAGGACUGUUCUGAAGGAUACUGCCAUACCAACCAUCUUUGACCAUCCCAGCCGCAAACGGGCAAACGACCAGGAGGCAGAAGAUGAUGCCACCAAAGCAAAAGUUAAAAAGGUGGAGGAAGAGGAGAACAUGGAUAAAGAUGCCAGUCAGAGUGCUAAUGGCCAAGAUGCUGAUGGUGGCCCUCAGCUCUCGGAUGAGGAGAGGGAGCACAGGGAGUACCUCAGGUCUCUGUUUGACGUUGUGAUCAUGAUGGGAAGGCAGAACAUCCCACUGCAUGGUCAUUCGGAAAAACAACCGAGGAAUAAAAGCUUCACUCCCAGCAACUUCCAGGCACUGCUGGAGUAUCGUAUCAAUGCUGGUGACGAAGUGUUGAGGCGAAAGUUUGAAACGUCAGCGGUGAACCUGGAGUACUGCUCCUCCACCCAGCUGCAGCAAAUGCUAGAAGUGAGCGAGAAGUGUGUUCGUGAAGAGCUGCUUGGCGACGUGAAAGAGGUACGCCUGUUCUCUUUAGUCAUGGACAACCUCGUGGAGAUUUCAGGGGAGAACCACCUGCCCUUGUUCAUUCGCUUUGUAGACCAGACCAACUGCCUGCGAGAGGAGUUUUUAGGGUUCCUACUCUUUGAAGGAGAGGUAGAGGCCAUUUCUGAGUGUCUCGCUACUGAAGUGACGGAGAAAUAUGGCAUGCGUAUGGAAGACUGCAGAGGACAGGCGUAUUUCUCUACUGGUGUGUAUGCUUUUAAGGUCAAAGCGGUGGCUGUUAGACUGAGUGAGCAGUACCCAUUAGCAGUGCUCACUCCCAGUUCUAGUCACUCCCUAAACAUCUUCCUGGCCAACAGCAUGAACUUCACGAGCGUGCAACUCGUCAUGUCGACGCUGAAGAAGAUGGACGAGUUCUUCAGCAAAUCCCCUUCACUGCAAGAUCAGUUGGAAAAUGCCAUCUCCAUCUACUAUCAGGGCAAUGAGGAGAAAGCGGCUCUCCUCAAAGAGACCUGCCGUACAAACUGGACGGAGCAGCAUGAUGCAUUUGAGAUGGCUGUCGACCUGCUGGAGUCUCUGCUCCUCUGCAUGGAUAGCGUCCAUGACAACGAGGAGCUCAAAUGGAGUGAUGAAGUUGCACACAAUGCAUUCGUCAUAUCGGAAGCUCUGUCGGAUUUUGAGUUUGUCAUGACGUUGGUUGUGCUGAAGAACACGCUCUCCUUUUCCAGAGCAUUUGGUAAAAAUCUGCAAGGACAGACCAGCGAGGUCUUCUUUGCUGCCAGCAGUCUGACAGCUGUCCUCCAUUCGCUGAACGAAGUCCUUGAGAACAUUGAGGUUUACCACGAGUUCUGGUUUGAAGAGGCUGUCAACUUGGCCGCUGCGUUGGAAAUCCCAGUCAAAAUUCCCAGGCUUUUCUUCAGAAAGCAACGACCUAAUGAUGGGGAGGAGAUCCAACCUGAGACCUACUAUAAAGUCCACCUCACCUUUCCCGUGGUCAACCACGUCAUUAAGGAGCUCAAUGACGUCUUCUCCGAGAAUCACCUGAAUGCCCUGAAGUCUCUGUUCCUGGUGCCUGCAAUCAUGGGACAGCUUAGAUUCAACACAGAAGAGACCAGCAUGGACAUUUAUAAGAGUGACCUUCCCAAUCCAGACACGCUACCCACUGAGCUCAACUGUUGGAAGAUCAAAUGGAAACACGGCACAAAGAACGUCACGCUGCCCGCCACCAUCUACGAAACGCUUCAGCUGUCUGACGUGAAGUUUUUCCCAAAUGUCUGCGCACUUCUUAAGGUGCUCUGCUGCCUGCCGGUCCUAUCACUUGCAGAGAAGUGCAGUAGUGCAAGGAGACGUCUGACGGCAUACCUGCAGGACACACCUGCCAUACACAGAAACAAGAGUCUGGCAGUGUUUAACAUUAACUGUGGUGUCGGGACUGACUUGGACUUGAUGGUUGAGACAUACCUGAAAAUGUAUCCUAACAAAGAGCCAACAGAGAGACCUGCCUGAUUUAUAUGGAUGAAUGUGAUCUUUUAUAUGUACAUGCUGGUUUUGAUUGCUCAGUAAUUGAAUUGGCAUCCACGUGCUUUGAAGCUUAAAAACAAACAAACAACUUGGUUGUGUCCCGCAUUGCAAAGACCUACAAUGUCCUGGUUCAUUUAUUAGGGUGUGGGUGGGUGUGUGUGUGUGUGUGUGUAAAAUAUGAAAGUGCAGUGGAAAUUAAAGUCACUCUUAAAGUCCUUAGAAUGUCAUGUUUGGCCAAAUAUUAAGAUGUUAAUUUUAUCUGUUACAAUUUUAUGGAGUUCUUUUGUGUAAUAUUAAAGUCCUCCACAGUGAUAUGUUAACUUGUUAAACAUUCAUUAUGCUGUUCCUUGAACAAAUGGAGAAAAUAAAUAACAUUUUACUUA